AACUUGAAUCCGGGUAAGACUGAGCUAUUCUGUGUCCCCAUAAAAAAUCUCGGAUUUCAUGAAUGGAGUAAUCUCGGACAAACAGGAUAACGUGACCAUUUUUUCAACAAGCCAGGGCCCAGUAAAGAUUGAUAAGGCGUAUGGCACUUCAUGGUGUCACAGACUGAUAUGUCAAACAGGAAGCUGGGAACCAUGUUGUCCCAGGUUGUGGAGAGGGAGGAGAGCGCUGUGAUGUACAUCAGUAGAAAAUUCUGUUUGCAGGAGAAUAAGUCCAGCAGUUCCAUGUUGAGAGGUUUGGGGGAUGGGGUAGAGAAGCGAGCUGAAUGCCUCACUGAAUGGUGUUGGGGGGGUGGAGGCAUGUAGCAGUGAGGGCAAGAUCUGGUGCUGGUCUUAGAGGGAUGCAAGUACCGUAAGUACAGGAGAGGUACAGUAAGUGAUCAAGGAUUUACACCUGCAUUAAAUGUCACUAAAUAUUGUUCUGAUUUCCUGAGAGAAAGAAAGAAAAAUGAAUACAGAGAGCAAUGUGUGCCCAUAUGUGCAAGCCACUGGAAAGUGAAAUCAAUAAAGGGAAAAGCUUCCCGUUAACUCCGCCUCUGCCUGCCCUUCCCAAAACCUUAUUACAGCCUGCGUUGUUUUUCAGCAAACGAUGCCCUUCUUUACUUGCAUCAUCUCCUCUUUGGACCACAUAUUGAUAGUUCCCAAAAAUUAUCUUCCUUUAAUUUUUAUAAUUCAUUGUUGCUAUCAAAUUGCUUAUCAGUUCCUUGUCAAAUUGUUUUUGAGCAUGUAAAAAGAGAAGGAUUUUGUGAUACAAUGUUUUGUUAAAAACCUUUAAUUAAAGCAAAAGGUCUACCCUUCAACUGCAGCUUGAUUGCUUCAUUUCAGGUCGAGUGUAGCCGUAUACAAAGAAAAAUUUAGAGAUUACGACACUGUCCGAAUACUUAAGGACCCGACUAUAAAUUACUUGGCAAAGAAAAGCACAGACAUGGCUAUAGGGUACUGCAUGGAUGUACAGCCAUAUUACAUAUGGGUAAUACCCAUUUUUAUUUGUUGUUAGCUUUAAUAUUUUCACUUCUCCUAUUGUAAAAUGGUGGGUUGAUAAAUCUGCUGAUGUAUGCAUAUGUUUCAUCACUGUAUUUGAACUGAACAGCUUCAAGGCAUUGUUUUCAGAAGCCAGGAACAGAAAUCACCGAAGCACUCCCCCUUGAAAAAAAGACAAACAAUGAGUGGCUCUCAGAUGUGAGUCACUCCCAUAGCCUGCCCAUACUGCAGAGUGGUAAGGACACUAUCUCCAGCCUGGAGUUAAUAUACUAGCUACCUGCACCCAGCAAACAGCAUUGUCAUAAGGAAGGAAACAGGAAUAAAUACUAAAGCAGUGACAUUUCUGCAUCCAUGGCAGAGAAGGAGCAAAUCAAGCAGACUGCAGUCAUAGUGCUGGGUUGCUUGGAGAAAGUGUCCUCCUUUGCCUCUUCCUUCAACCCUCUGUUUGGCAUUGUCACCACGUUGGUUGGUGUGGUGAGAAAAGGCCUGGAGGAUGAUGAAGUCAACGAGCUGGACAAGGACUUUCAGCAGAUUCAUGACAAAUUGAAGAGAAUGUCUGAGCAGAACAAAGAGCUCCUGGAUCAGAUUCAGAUUAUGGAGAUUAAGAAAAACUAUGGUGACCUGGAAAAGAACAUAGAGGAACAAUACAGAGCCUUCAAGAAAAUGGUGGACGGAGUCAGUAAGGACCCGGAAAAAGGUGAACGUUACAGGGGGGAUUUCAAGAAAACCUAUAGAAAACAAAAGGGCCGUCUGAAUUUGAAUGAGUACUACAGAGCCAUCACCGAAGACCAUGGCCCUUUCGGGAGGCCAUUGCUGAAAGAUUAUCUAGAGCACUGCAACGGGAAUAGGAAGAUUAUGGAGGCUAGAUGUGCUCAUUUGGCCUACCUCUUCCACAUUGGCCUCAUUGCACUGAUGGCCUACUAUGUCGUCACUGAGGAUGAUGAGGAUGAGUUCAGGGAAGAAUGGGGCCAAAAAGUCAUCGUCAUUCAAACCAAGAUGCAAGAAGCCCUGGACAAAUGUACUGAGGAAGAAUGAUUCCAAAUUCAAAGAAAGUUUGCAGCUGUCUUAAUUUCUAUUGAUUAAUAAUGGAGCCAAUGAUAAACAAAAUCAGUGCAAUUUAUUUUUGAGCAGUGAGAACACUAAUCUCUUUCUGUAUUGUUUUUAUUCCCUAGGACCUUGUAUUCCAAUCCUUUUUCUCUUUAAGCAGAUUAUGCAACAUCGUAUAUGACUAUAAAUCUAAACGUGUUGUUGAAUGUAUAGUAAAGCUGUAUAUUGUAAAUCAAAUUAUGUGUUUAUUAUAAUCAGUGUUUUUCAUUGUGGCAGAUUUUUGAAUGAUGGGCCAUACUGUUUCAUUGCUUUCACAAAAAUAAAUAUUUGGCUUUUCCAAACAAAA